GGGCAUUCAUGCUCCACCAGCUCCCGGAGCAGCUGGGCUGUCUCCACUCCGCCGCUGGCUGAGUCGGCUGCGCGGUGAGAGAGAGAGAUGGACCGCUUCCUGGGUUUCGUCAAGCAAAUAAGGAGAUCUAGGAGAAGAAAGGGGAAAAAGUACCGGCCAGAAGAGGAUUACCACGAGGGCUAUGAGGAUGUCUAUUAUUACGCUUCAGAGCAUUUUCGAAAUGAGAGUCCCUACACUAAAUCCGCCAGCCAGACAAAGCCGCCUGAUGGAGCAUUGGCUGUGAGGAGACAGAGCAUCCCAGAGGAAUUCAAGGGCUCCACCGUCGUUGAGCUGAUGAAGAAGGAAGGCACCACCCUCGGACUGACGGUGUCCGGAGGAGUUGACAAGGAUGGCAAGCCAAGAGUAUCUAAUCUGCGACAAGGAGGAAUUGCUGCUAGGAGUGAUCAGCUGGAUGUAGGUGACUACAUCAAGGCCGUGAAUGGGAUCAACCUGGCCAAAUUCCGUCAUGACGAGAUCAUCAGUUUGCUGAAGAACGUUGGGGAAAGAGUGGUUCUUGAAGUUGAAUAUGAGCUGCCGCCAGUCUCUGUCCAAGGAUCGAGUGUUAUUUUCCGAACGGUGGAGGUCACGUUACAUAAAGAAGGCAAUACGUUUGGUUUUGUAAUACGAGGGGGAGCACAUGACGAUAGAAAUAAAUCUCGUCCCGUUGUGAUAACAUGUGUUCGUCCUGGAGGGCCUGCUGACAGAGAGGGCACAAUCAGACCUGGUGAUAGGUUGCUCAGUGUGGAUGGAAUUCGCCUUCUCGGGACCACGCAUGCUGAAGCCAUGAGUAUUCUUAAACAGUGUGGACAAGAAGCAACGCUGCUGAUAGAAUACGAUGUCUCAGUGAUGGAUUCUGUGGCAACAGCAUCCGGGCCAUUACUAGUUGAAGUUGCCAAAACACCUGGUGCCAGCCUUGGGGUUGCCCUUACUACCUCGAUGUGCUGUAACAAACAGGUCAUUGUCAUAGACAAAAUUAAAUCUGCAAGCAUUGCAGACAGAUGCGGCGCACUGCACGUGGGAGACCACAUCCUGUCCAUCGAUGGAACCAGCAUGGAGUACUGCACGCUGGCGGAAGCCACCCAGUUCCUGGCGAACACCACUGACCAGGUCAAGCUGGAGAUCCUUCCCCAUCAUCAGACCCGCCUGGCUCUGAAGGGACCUGACCACGUGAAAAUUCAGAGGAGCGACAGGCAACUCACCUGGGAUUCCUGGGCCAGCAACCACUGCAGCCUUCACACCUACCAUCACCAUAACACGCACCACCCCGACCAUUGCCGAGUGCCUGCCCUGACACUCCCGAAAGCGCCUCCUCCAAACAGCCCUCCAGCUUUGGUGUCUUCAUCCUUCUCUCCUACCUCCAUGAGUGCAUACAGCCUGAGCUCCCUGAACAUGGGGACUUUACCUCGCAGCCUCUACUCCACUAGUCCACGUGGAACCAUGAUGCGGAGGAGACUGAAAAAGAAAGACUUCAAAAGCUCACUGUCUUUAGCCUCCAGCACCGUGGGCCUGGCUGGGCAGGUGGUUCACACAGAAACCACAGAGGUGGUGCUGACAGCAGACCCUGUCACAGGGUUUGGGAUCCAGCUGCAGGGCAGCGUGUUUGCCACUGAGACUCUCUCCUCUCCACCUCUGAUAUCCUAUAUUGAAGCCGACAGCCCAGCAGAGAGAUGUGGGGUACUACAGAUCGGAGACAGAGUGAUGGCCAUUAAUGGAAUUCCAACUGAAGACAGCACCUUCGAGGAAGCCAAUCAGCUCCUCCGAGACUCUUCAAUCACGAGCAAGGUCACACUGGAAAUCGAGUUUGAUGUUGCAGAGUCUGUCAUCCCAAGUAGUGGAACAUUUCAUGUAAAGCUCCCUAAAAAGCACAAUGUGGAACUUGGAAUAACCAUAAGUUCACCAUCCAGUAGAAAACCAGGAGACCCCCUAGUCAUCUCAGAUAUCAAAAAAGGCAGUGUGGCACACAGAACCGGAACCCUGGAACUUGGGGAUAAAUUACUUGCAAUAGAUAACAUUCGGCUGGACAAUUGUUCCAUGGAAGAUGCAGUUCAGAUCCUCCAGCAGUGUGAAGACCUGGUGAAGCUCAAAAUCCGCAAAGAUGAGGAUAACUCAGACGAACAAGAAAGUUCCGGAGCAAUUAUUUACACUGUGGAGCUUAAGCGCUAUGGGGGGCCCCUCGGCAUCACGAUUUCAGGAACGGAAGAGCCAUUUGAUCCCAUCAUCAUCUCAAGCCUCACUAAAGGGGGAUUAGCUGAAAGAACUGGCGCGAUCCACAUCGGAGACCGAAUCCUAGCCAUCAACAGCAGCAGCCUGAAAGGGAAGCCUCUGAGCGAAGCCAUCCAUUUGUUACAGAUGGCAGGAGAGACUGUCACCUUGAAAAUUAAGAAACAGACAGAUGCUCAGUCAGCAUCAAGUCCCAAGAAAUUCCCCGUUCCCAGCCACUUGAGUGACCUGGGAGAUGUGGAGGAGGACCCGUCCCCCACGCAGAAGCCGGGCAAACUCCCCGACACGUACCCCUCCACUGUGCCCAGUGUGGACAGUGCUGUGGACUCGUGGGACGGCUCUGGGAUCGAUGCCAGCUACGGGAAUCAAGGCACUGGCUUUCAGGCCUCAGGAUACAACUUCAACACCUACGACUGGAGGAGUUCCAAGCCGAGAGGUAGCUUGUCCCCUGUCACUAAGCCUCGAAGCCAGACUUACCCAGAUGUGGGGCUGAGUAAUGAAGAUUGGGACCGGUCCACAGUCAGCGGUUUCACAGGGGCGCCUGACAGUGCCGAGGCCGAGCAAGAGGAAAACUUCUGGUCCCAGGCGCUGGAAGAUCUGGAGACCUGUGGACAGUCAGGGAUUCUGAGAGAGCUUGAGGAGAAAGCUGACAGGCGUGUGUCUUUGAGAAACAUGAAUCUCUUGGCAACAAUCAUGUCGGGGAGCACGAUGAGUUUGAAUCAUGAGGCCCCAACACCUCGCAGUCAGCUGGGGCGACAGGCCAGCUUCCAGGAACGGAGCAGCUCUCGGCCACACUAUAGCCAAACAGCACGGAGCAAUACCCUGCCCUCCGAGGUGGGCAGGAAGUCCGUCCCCCUGAGAAAAAUGAAACAAGAAAUAAAGGAGAUCGUGUCCCCAACUCCUGUGGAGCUGCACAAGGUGACCUUGUACAAAAGCUCGGACAUGGAGGACUUCGGGUUCAGCGUCGCAGACGGCCUGCUGGAGAAAGGCGUGUAUGUCAAAAGCAUUCGCCCCGCCGGGCCAGGCGAUCUUGGUGGCUUAAAGCCCUAUGACAGGCUCUUACAGGUUAAUCACGUCCGAACGAGAGACUUUGACUGCUGCCUCGUCGUGCCCCUCAUCGCAGAAUCUGGUAAUAAGCUGGACCUGGUUAUUAGCAGAAACCCGCUGGCUUCACAGAAGUCUAUAGAACAGACUCUACCAGGAGAAUGGAGUGAACAGAACAGUGCUUUUUUCCAACAGCCCAGCCACGGUAGUAAUCUGGAGAUCCGAGAACCCACCAACACCUUAUAGCAAUGCUUUUUAUAAAGCAGGACAAAAGACAGUAUCUACAUGGUGCUAAAAAAAAAAAAAUCCCUUUGAGAUUUCUGUGACAUUUGAAGCACAGAUGAUCACGUGGCAUUAAGUGCAAGCACAGGGGUCUUUUAAAUCUCUCACGGCUCAUGUUCACUUCCCUUUCCAAGUAGAAGAGGUUAGUUUUUUUGGCGACCACUACGGUAUCUGGCAGAUGAUUUGCUGCCAAGCCCCAUGGUAGAGAAAAGGAAAAAUAAGUAGGCCACCCCUCCACGAGGAACAUGGGAGGAACUUUUUUACAAGUUCAUCUUCCUAUCACUUUUUGAAAAAAUGUCUGUUUAAAAAUAUUCUCUAUGAUAAUUUCCUUAAUUCACUUUGAAAUCAGUUUCUUACUAUGAAGUCAUUAAUGUAAGAACUUGACCAACAAGGCUUUUCAUAAAGCUGGCUCUGCUAGAGGAACUAGUUGGGUAACUGCUGGGACUGGCUGCUGCUAGGGGAGGGGUACAGGGACACAAUUAUCUUAAAAUGUUUCAGCAACGAUGCACGCAGGAGAUCCUAAUAGGUGGUGGUAACUGUUUUGCCCAAGUAUAGGAAUGAUUUUAACUAAGAUGUAUGCUAUUCCCUAUGCAACAAAUUAUCAAACAGGAUAUGUCUUGUGACCUGUUGCUUUUUUUUUUUUAGGGACACAUUUUUAAUAACUGAAAAUCUCUGAUAAUGAAUUAGAGUGUUUAGUAACACUGAGAGUUAGUUAUCUUAUUUUUAAAAUUCAGGACUAAGAAUUUAAGAAUUAAGUCUAUUAAAAGGUUUAUCUUAAUGAUAGGCGAAUCAAACUCAUCUUGCUCAACAUGUUUUAAAAACUGGUUCCACUGAGGGGUGUACAGCACAUGUACUUAAAAAUGACACCGGACUGCGUUUAGUUCUGAGCCAUGCCACUCACCGAAAUUGUAAAUACAUUUUCCACAGAAUGCGUUGCCAAUUAUCACCAUCCCUCAAAGCAAUAAAUUGUGACAGUUGCAGUUAAUGUCUGUCAGCAACUGUUUUCAUCUGUCCGGAUAUUUUGAAUAGUUACACUAAUAACUGUUAUUUGGUGAAUAUAAAAAAAUAGAUAUGUAUAUCAAUUAUAGAAUCUCCAUAUUGAAAGUUAUUUUCCAAACAUUUCCAUUUCAAUCAAUAACUCAAACAACCGCUUAGAUGAAGCACUUGAACACUGUGUCCUUUGUUUAAGGAAAACCUUCACCUUUCUUUGUGUGCAAAGAAAUAUAUUAUUUCAAUCACAUUUCAGGACUGCCAGGGCAAGAAAGUAUAAAGCAGAACAUGUUAAGAAAAAAAGAUCAUGAGUCACUUAAAUAUGUAUUUUUAUUUGUAACAAACAAGUAUUAAACUGUAAAGUAUUUUUGUACAAAUUUAAUACUUUAAUAGCAUGGUAUUUAUCGUCUAUGUAUGGUUUUGGGGGAUUCAAAAUUGUUGCAAAUAUUUGUAUGGGAAAAAAAUCCUCUACCAAAUGGAAUAAACAGUGAUUUUAAAAAGCCAAAAAAUAGGACAUUCACUUUCUCAGAGCUUUGAAUGAAUUUUCAUGUUCUAGAGGCUGAGCCCUACACAAUGUUAAUUGCUACAUAAUUUCUAAACGGGGGGAGGUUUUGCCGUAAAUUUGAAAAGCAGCAUGGAAGAGCAGGAGGAGCAUAGGGUUUGAAAGCAGAUCUGGGUUUGAAUUCCAGCUCACUGGUGGUAUGAAAUUUACCAGGAGUCAGUUUCCCCGCCCCCAAUACUGAAAGUCCCAUCUGCUCUCGGAGUCUGUUGUGAGGACAAGAUGUGAAACCCGUGCAAGUGCUAAAACAGCCUGCAGACAGGAACACACUCAAGACUAAUGGCACAUUUAUUUUAGGUGGCACAUCUGCCCUCAGGGAACACCACGUGUUCUAGGAAACAAGUUUGCACAAACUGCGAACAGACUGCACGUUCGACCCCAACACUCGUUUGCAGAUUGCCUUGCAGAUCCUGAAAACUCACAGGAACAACACUAGAAUGUCCAUUCUCACCACAUCCAUGUAACAGUUUACUAGAAGUUCUAGCCAGAGCAGUAAGACAAUAAAAUGAAAUAAAAAGCACCCAGAUAUGAAAGGAGUAAAAUGUUCUCUAUUUGCAGAUGACAGAAAAAUCUGUGAAAGUGAAAACAAAUCCACAAAAUGCAAAAAAAAAAAAAAAUGCAAAUAGUGUUUCUAAUAAAAGACUUCUUUGUAGAAUAUAUGAAGAACUCCUAUCUCAAUAAGAAAAAAUAACCCAAUUUAUAAAUUGGCAAAAGACCUGAAUAGACAUUUCUCCUAAGAGAAAGAACAAAUGGCAAUAAGCACAUGAAAAGAUGGCCAACAUCAUUACUGUAGGCAAAUGCAAAUGGAAGCCACAACGAAAUAUCGCUUUACGCCCACGGUGUGGCUGUAAUCAAAGAGUCGGAUGACAACAGGUGCUGGAGAAAAUAUGAGGCACUGGAACCCACACACACUGCUGGCGUAAAUAUAAAACAGUACAGCUGCUUGGAAAACAGCCUGUCCGGUCCUCAAAGCUUUAAACAGAGUUAUAAUGUGCCCCAGCAUUUCCACUCCUAGGUCUAUCUAUACCUUAAAGAAAUGGAAAUACAUGUUCACACAAAAACUUACGCACAGAUGCUCAAAGCAGCAUUAGCUGUAAUAGCCAAAAAGUGGAAAUAACCCAAAUGUCCAUUAGCUGACGAAUGGAUAAAUUCCAUGUGCCAUAUCCUUACAACAGCACAUUAUUUGGAAAUAAAAAUAGAUGAAGGCCCUUUGCUUCGAGGAACCACUGAAAGCAAGGUGGGCCACCUGCAGCUCUACGGGGGCCACCUGCAAAAAUGCAGCCAGGUCCCUGAUCUUGUCACAUCAGCUCAAACCCACACAGUCUGAUGUGGAAAUACGACCUCAGUCUGUGCGGCCAGUUUUCCCAUCAG